AUGUUACAGUUGGAUGUAUGCCAAUUUCGUACGUUGACGGGAUACAGCACUCUUGGGUUUUCACCAACACAACUUAUCACAAGUGAGUAUAUCGUCAUCGAAGUAAUCCACGUCCUGGUAGAGGGAGAGCAUCCUGCCGCCUGUGGAGAGGAGGGCCUUAACGUCGACGAGGUGGGAGGCCCUGGUGGUGAGGAGUUGCGAGCGGAUGCGCAAAAUGUCCAUGCGGUAGAGGAGUACGAUGAUUAUGUAGAGCGUGGCGAUGAGCCAGAGUGCUGCGACGCAGAAGAGGAAGGGUGCACGGAUGCGGUAGAGGAGUUUGUCGAUCUCGUGAAACAACUCCGUGAAGUGGUCGGAGUGGAGGACUUGGCUGAGCUGCUUGGCGAGGGUGGAACAAUUCUCGUUCUGCGAGAUCAAGGCCGAUGCGUCCCCGAACGUGAGGCCGUAACUGUACAAGGUCGGCAUCGCUCCCCUGCACUGGACUAUGGAGGGGCAUCGGCAGCCGGAGGCAGGUGA